CUUGCAGAGAUGGCAAUGAAGAAUUACAGACAGUUCCUGUUUUUACUUGUCGCUGUCGUGUCCGUCGGCUUCGUCUCAAUUGUUUUUGUUCUGCAGUGGGUACUGUAUUUUAAAGAAGGUCUGGCAUGGGACGGAGGACUGGCCGAAUUCAACUGGCACCCAGUUUUGAUUGUAACUGGAUUUAUUUUCAUACAGGGAAUCGCCAUAUUGGUGUAUAGACUCCCAUGGACAUGGAAGUGCAGCAAACUUAUGAUGAAGUUCAUCCAUGCUGGCCUAAACAUCCUGGCUUUUGCUUUUGCUGCUAUAUCCCUGGUCGCAGUAUUUGACUUCCACAAUGCUGCAAGCAUCCCCAACAUGUACAGUCUGCACAGUUGGCUGGGUCUGACUGCUGUCAUUCUUUACGGCCUACAGAUUGCUCUGGGACUGUGUGUGUACUUGGUGCCCAUCAUCCCAGAGUCCAUGCGAGCAGUCUUUAUGCCAGUUCAUGUCUACAGUGGUCUGUUGAUCUUUACCAGUGUUAUUGCCACUGCACUGAUGGGAAUCACAGAAAAGCUCAUUUUUGGCCUGAAAAAUCCUAAAUAUAAGGACUCUCCCCCAGAAGCAACUUUUGUAAAUUUCCUGGGAGUGUUAAUUAUGGUUUUUGGAGCUCUUGUCAUUUGGAUUGUCACAUGCCCUGCCUGGAAGCGCCCGAAUGAGCAGCUCCUCAGUAGCCAACCCACCAGUGGAGGAGAUGCCACCAGAACCAUGGGGGGCACUGUCCUGUCUAUAUGCAGCACCACUGACUGGAAUGACCCUGAGGCCAACUGUGACACCCGGAAGAGAAACAAUAAACCAGAUCAAUCAGGGCAGAGGUCGACUGUGUAACAUUAUAACACAUUUAUUUCCACAUAUUGGCAUGU